CAGAGCAGGCAGGUUAGAAUGAUAGCCCAUUUCUUGAUGUGCAGUUUGAUAAUUUCCAUUCUUGUGUCGCUGGGCAAUGGACAAUACAACUUUCUCGGCCAGUAUCAGAACUCUCAAAGGAACUCAUCUGCAAUAAGUACUUGCAAUGACCUGCAUUGUAGUCCUAACGAGUGCUGUGUGGAGACUCACAGGGCGCCAGUCUGUGUGGCUUUGAAAAUGUCUGCUUCAGGACAAGCAUUAUGCGCUCGCUUAAAGAAAUGCUUCAACAGCGACCAUUGUCCGAUUUCUGCUCCUUGCUGCUCCCAGGCAUUGGAACCCACAUUCGCCACAACGUGUCCUGGAGGUAACACCAAUGGACCAAGCUACAUCUCUAGCAAUGGCUACAACAACAAAUUGGACAAUACCAUUGAUUCGACACCCUUAAAAGAAGGCUACUGCCGAGCAGCAGCUGAUACCAAUCAAUUGUGCUAUAGUCCAGUGCAUGGGUCUGAGAAGGCAAAAUGCCCAUGUUCAGCUGAUGGCGACUUUUGCAAAAUUACUCUGGAGCCUUUUGUAACGGGGAUUUGCAUAUAAAUUCCAGCAAAAAGUGUAUCAAGUCAAAAUAAAACAAACUGCAAUGUGCCUAUGAUUGAUAACGGCAGAGACAGAAUUCAUCAUUUGUUUCAGAUAUUAUAUGAAAUUUAAAAAUUAGAAAAAAAAAUUAUUUCUUGGGUGAUUA